AUGUUUACUGUUGUGCAUUGGGUAGUGUGGGAGGUGUUGGGGGUGGAGGCAAUGCUUGCCUUGAUCAUUGGUUUUGAUCCCAAGUCUUCCACUGCCAUUUCUAAGUGUAUGAUAAUGGGUGCUGCAGCCAAUGCUCAUGCUAGGCAUCAACAUAGGAGUUGCCUUCAACGUCAUGUUCGCCAACUGGAUGGUCACAGUUCUACUUAUAUCAUUCUCUUCUUAGAUAUUCUUCUGAGUUCUGGAAGGUACAGCAGCAAAAGCUUUAAUAAAGGGCAUAGAAACAUGGAAGAAAGAGACAAUGAUGAAGAAGAAAGCAGAAAAGCAGUUGGAAUCAGAGUCCAAACCUGGCGAUUCUUGAGAUUGAACUACUGCAUCUGCGAAGAAGAACGAACCUAUGAUGUAGAUGGUUGGCUUGAUGCAUGGAAGGUGAGUGGCUUCAUGUCCAUGGAACGUAUUUUAGACAGAAUUAAAGAACUACAUGCCAUCCUAUUGGUCAUGCAGGGUAUGAUAAUGGGUGCUUCAGUUUCAACUGUAUACUUCAAUUUGAGGCUUAGGCACCCAACACUGGACAUGCCCUUUAUAGAUUAUGAUCUGGCAUUUCUCUUUCAGCCAAUGCUCGUGCUGGGCAUCAGCAUAGGAGUUGCCUUCAACGUCAUGUUCGCCGACUGGAUGGUUACAGUUCUACUUAUUAUUCUCUUCUUUGAUAUUCUUCUGAGUUCUGGCUGA